GCUCUCUCUCAUAGAACAGAGGUGAUUGAAGAUAACUCACAGCUUCAAGCCCAGGAAGAUGCCAACCCCAUUUUAGAUUCGAAAAUAGCAUGUAAUAUAAAAACCAGCAUUUCAGAAAAAUCAGAAGAAACCGUGGAAACCAUUAACAAUGUUAACGUUCAGAACGCUUCAGAAAGUUCGGAAGAAAUCAAGAGCAAGGUUGACCAGGUCUAUUUGGGAUCCCAUCAAAAUAAAUUAGUGGUAGUACCAAUUUCUUCUCCUAAAAACAUAGUUCCCAGAUCAUUAAGCAUCAAAAAACUUGCCAAUUCAUUCUGCCAGGCGAAUAUUGCAAGAAAUAAAACAAUUGUAGCAAAGCGAUCAGAGAUUACAUUAUGGUGUUUAUUCUCCAAAAAGUUCGAAGAUAAGGUUGUUGAGCUUAG